GCAGAAACGCUCAGGGUUGCAGCAGAAACACUCCCCGUCUUUUUUCUUUCCAUAUUUAUAAACGCAUCAUAUCCCAUUUAUAUUAUUUCUGAGGUUACAGUUCUUUGAGGCCAGUUGCAUGCAUUGUUCGUCUCCAAAAAUGGUUUGCGAGACUAAAAUUGUUGCGGAUGAACACGAUGCCAUACAAGGGACCAAAAAAGAUUCUAUUAUCGUUUCCUCCUCGCAAAUGUGGACUUCUUCCACACCGGCACCGAAUCCGAUCGAGGAAAAUGAUGUGAGGAAAGAUACGGUUUUUAUCCGUGAGUUUGAGCGCACGGACCAUGUGGAAGUGCGCCGCAUCUUUUACGAGGGGAUCAUGGAGAGAAUCCCCAACACCGCAUUCAGAGGCAUAUUACAGCAAAGUCAAACCCAAUUCUUAUAUGUUCUUCUGACACUAAUGUGCUUUGUUGUGAGCAAAUCCCUCACGCUGACCAGCUGUGCGCCGUUCGUUCUCAUGGCCGCGCGCUACUUCUACAGCAGCAAAGUUAUCCACAACUAUCUGGCCUGCGCGCUCCGAACUGACAUGGCGGACAUCGAGGAGUAUUACAUGAAACCCACAGGCUCGUGUUUCUGGGUGGCAGUGCUGGAGGGUCAGGUGGUCGGCAUCGUGGCGGCGCAGGGCCGGGAGGACGAUAACACGGUGGAGCUGCGCCGCAUGUCGGUGGACUCGCGCUUCCGCGGCAAGGGCAUCGCCAAGGUGCUGGGGCGCCGCGUGCUGGAGUUCGCCGUGCACAACAACUACGCCGCCGUUGUCCUGGGAACCACCGCCGUCAAAAUGGCUGCCCACAAGCUGUACGAGUCACUGGGCUUCCGGCGGACGGGCGGGAGCGAGGACUACAUGCUGCCUGGCAUGAGCGGCUCGCCGCUAGAGAGGCUCUUCUUUCAGAUCCGUUACCAGCGUUACCGCCUGCAGCUCCGCGAGGAGUGAGGGGUGAGAGAGGGAGAGAGGGAUGGAAAGAGAGAGCAACGACACCUCCUCCUCGAAGCAGAGCCCCUCGCCCGACGAGCCUCGACCAAGUCCCCGAUCAAUCUUAUACUCCUCUGACAACUUUAUUUUGUAUCAGUUACUUCUUCUUACUACUUACCACUACUAUGUCUAUUCAUUAUUUCUAAGUCAUUAACUUAUGGGUUUUUGUUUUACAUUUUAGAUUUAGUGUUUUACCCCCCCCCCCCCCCGCCUUUGAGUAAAUUAUUUUGUUUUGCCUAUUUUCCCAUCCUUUCCUGUUGUAAGAAAAAAUAAUCCCUAACAUAUAUCACCGUCCCAUGCCUAUUCAAAUGACAUCAUCAAUUGAGUGUUCCCGUUGCUUUUGAUAGAAAUUUGAUUGCAAUCAGUUUUUCGAUCACCAUGACAAAAUCCCCCCCCCCCUUCCUUCCACCCUUCCUUUACUAAAAUCCCCUCCCACCCCCUUCAGAACACCAAUCAGAGGCUUAAUCAGGAGGGUGGCGUGUUCCGUAACAUUCAGAUAGAAAUAUAUCACGUAGAACAGACAUUGUCCUUUGCCAUGGAAAACAGGCAUUCGUGUCCACCCUAUACAUGGCAUUUCUAUCUGAAUAGUUUCUAUCUCAAACGCACCCUGUCUCUCGUUAGCCCGCCUAAGCCCUCUCCAUUGUCACAACAACGUUUGUGCCCAAAAAGACCUGGACAAAAAGACAAAGUAGGUUGGCAUUUCUCCAGCUCAGCCCAUAUUGAAGCACAGCAAGGGUCAUCAAGUGUACUGUACCAGCCCUGUGGAGAGACAGGAGGAACAGGCAGGACGUGUACUGUGGACACACACUGUGGAUCCUGCAUAGGCAGGAAAACAAACACAAACAGGCUUGCGUCCCAAAUGGCACCCUAAUCCCUAUAUAUUGCACUACUUUUAACAAAGGCCCAUAGGGCUCUAGUCAAAAGUAGUACACGGUGUAAGAAAAAGGGUGUAAUUUUAGAUGCAGACACAGUGCAUUUUCUGUUUCCUAAACCCUCCUGCUUUCUGCUUUCACCAUUUCCUCCAUCUUUGGUCACGUUCUCUUCCCCUCAUUCAACACAGUGUCAGAAUCUAAUUCUAUGAUUCCAUUCCACCUGCAUGGGAACUAUGAAGAGGGUCUCUCUGAUUGGUUGGGAAGACGAGAGGGUAGUUCAGGCCAGGGGUACGUACCCAUGCAGGGUGAAUACUGUGUCAAUGUUAAUCAUAUUACUAAUUUAAUCAUGGGUUUUUCUAAUGAGGAAAUGAUCUAAUCUAAUGAAACAUUGAGUGUUACUGAGUUUUAUGUGUAAUUAUCAAUGGUUUACUAAUUGAAUCAAGAUAAAUUUGAACAUUUUGAAUAUGUUUGGUAUUUGAUUGAGAAAUUAGAGAUUUUGUUAUUAUUAUUCACAACAUUUGAUGGAAGCAUUGCUACUUUGUAGUAUGCACAUUUUAUGGAUACUCCUACAUGUACAUAGUAACCGCAAUCUAGUAUAUAUUUAAACCAGGUAACUGGGGGAAACUACUUGGGUAGACCUAAUACAUUAUUCAAAAUAUUUGCGGACUUACAGUACAUAGCUGGCUUAACAAAAUGUAUCGAAGCACAAAUGUUUCAAUUUGAAUUUAGACACAAUACUAUAUCCAAUUUACAGGUAUAUUUAUAUCCUUCUGUGUAUGUAUUAAUGUGUAUACAGUUGGAAUACUCUGUACAGUAUGUAGCUGACAAACCCAAAAGACGUCCCUCUCCCUCCCCUUCAUAAAGAUAACCACUCUCUCCAUUUCCAUCAUCCUAUCAGAGACAGAACCAGCAGGGAGAGAUACAACUUCUAUGAGCCCAAGAGUUUGUCAUACUUGUACAAAAAUCAAGAAAUUAAAUGUAAAAAAAAAAGAUCAUAAAAAAACACAGAUUUUUAAAAAAAGUCGACAAAAAGAUGUCAUGAAUUGUGCUGAUCCUCCUUGCCUUGACUUCUACUCCCCCUUCUGACCCCCCAUUCAUAAAUCUGACUGCAACCCUGGGCCAGACCCCCCCACCCCUCCCCUCUCUUCUACCCACUCCCCACCCCAUCUCUGCAUGCGCCACAGUCUUGCUGCGCUGCUUUUAUUCCAUUUGAGCUUGUAACACAACCCCCCCCUCAAAAAAACCUGCCCCUAUUGUGAUGUCAUCAAAGCAGUCUAGCCCCUCCCUGCAACGAUGGUGGAGGAUGCAUAGGUGUGUGUGUUAAGUUUCUGUUUGUGUGUGUUGAGUGUCUGGUUGAGUGUUUGUGUUGAGCGUGUAUGUGUGUGUUGAGCGUGUAUGUGUGUGUUGAGUGUGUGUCUGUGUGUGGUUGUGUGUGGAGGUAGGGUAUAUGAAGAGGUGCAUUAAACCCACUCACCGCAGCGCAGCACUGCCUUGAUGACAUCAAGCCUGCCAAUUGUAAAAUGCAAAAGCAAUGCAAGUGUGGCAUGCCUCUGUUCCUGGUGUGUGCGUAUAUACGUACGGUGCCUGCCCUGGAAAAAUAAUCGGAAAACGACGUUUAAAAAAAAAUAUAUAUAUUUUUUAGCUGAACAUAUAAACAAAAAUGUGUUUCUUUGUCAGAGAAAAAAAAACUUUUUUUUUUUGCAUGAGAUGUGUCUUUGAAUGAAAACGUCUUAGAGGAUACAUUGUACCACAUGGCAAGCAGUGGAGAUUAAACGUUUCAUUUUUGUAUUAAGUUGAUAUUAUCAAUGGACUCUUUUUAUCAAGGGAGUGGUGAUAUCAUGCACAGUGAGAAGAAUCCUAUGGAGAUGUGACAAGGUCAUAGUUUGUCCUUGGGUCGUUUUGACAAACGUCAAAUAAAGCAGUGAGAUCAUGUUGAUGUAUCAGAUGUUGGGUCAUUCGAUUAACUGUCUGCUGUAUUAUCAGAGGACUUCUCACUGUUCUGAAACCCCCUCUUCCUCAUUCAACCAUGUGAAUUGAGAUGUGGAGGGCACAAAAAAUGAACCAUUUAGCCCAGAUUUUUUCUCCUUCUCCAAUUUGACCUGGUCAAAAGUAGUGCACUAUAUAGGGAAUAGUGUGCAAUUUGGGACAUACUAAAUGAUCUAAAUUAUGAUCAAUCCCCCCCAUCUGAAAAAUUCAGAACAGACCUGGGUAUAGUAUUUUGGCGUGGAUCCACCAGAAUGUAGGAGGCAGAGGUUAAAUGGUGAGGCUAUAAGAGCGCACUUACUAAGAACGUAUGCCAGAGGAGGCUGGUGGGAGGAGCUGUAGGAGGACAGGCUCAUUGUAAUGGCUGGAAUGGAGUAGAUGAAACAGAGUCAAACGUGUGGUUCUCAUAUGUUUGAUACCGUUCCAAUAAUUCCAUUCCAGACAUUACAAUGAGCCCUUCCUCCUUAGCUCCUCCCACAGCCUCCUCUGGUGUUCACUACAAGUGUACACUACAUAGCAACGUAGUAAGUGGACUCAUGUCUGCUAAAAGAUGAAUGUGAAGUCUUAUCAAACUGAGCCAUGAAUGCUGCUGUCGCCAUUUCAAUAAUAAUAUACCCUCUCGUUAAGCAUUGUGGGUGAUCUCAGACUAGGCUACUAUUUGUGUUCUUGAUAAAUGACGUAAUAGUAUACCAAGACUCCGCAAAAGCCUUAUGUACUGUAAUAAUUACAUGCUGAUAUCAAAUAUCCCACCAACAAUCUAUAUGGCUUAAGGUAGCGAAUGAUUCAUUUCCUGUAUUAAGUUGUUAGAGACGAACAGACAAACUACACUGAUAUGUCACUAGCCUAUAAUGCAUUUUACUGUAUUCUGUUUCGUAAAAGGGUCAAGCCUGUGUUUAUAUGGGGAAUGCUAUGCUAUGCCCUGUUCGGUCUGGUCUUAGUACUUCUUGAUUCUGGUAAAGCAUACGCAGUAUUAGAAAGUAGAAGAAAUACUGUAUGCAACCACCACCACUAGUGUGAUUCUGUAACUUAAUAAUACUAUUCCAUACCAUUCCACUGAACCUCUGAUGAUGUACAAUCCAAGAGAAAAUGUUUGUUUUUUUUUUCUUUUCUUUUGGUUCUGAGAAAAUAGGGAAAUAUUGUUAGUGUUGACUUGGGAACAUAGGAGAAUGUUCAUGUAUUGUUAUCUGCAAAGGGUUUCAGACAUGUGUGCCGCAUCAGAACUAAACGCCUCUCUCAUUGGAGCGCUCCUUUAUCGAGUGCUUUCCAAUCCAAAAACUAUCAUCCAAUCACCUAAAUUGUGGUGAAGAAACCAUGCAAGCUCACAAAAUACUCAAUUCAUACUUUAUCGUAGUCCCUCCCACCUGGAAAUACAAGUAUGAGACAAAAAUCCCUCAACGUCUGUCAUCCAGAUGUCAAGUUGAACACGCACACUAUUGUAGAAGUAUAGAUAUCAAAACCGCACAAAUAGUAUUCCUGUGAGUAUAGGUGUUUUGUCCUGGGCGAGUGCAGAUUUCAAAGGCCGUGGAGUUAGUUAAUAGCAGACAUGAAUGUAUAUGGGUGCCGUUACUAAGGGUCUUUGUUGCGAGAAAUUGUUAAAACAUUUUUUUUUUCUUUUAAGAGAGAAAGGAUUAAGACAAAAAAUGACAAAAAGCAGCUAAUGGUUCUUCUAUUGCUGAGAAAACCACAACAUUUGAUGUUUAAGAGUGACUGUGUACAUAGCUAUAUCUAUCACUGUUGUUUUGAUUUCUAGUUUAUAUAUAUACAGUUUAUACAGAAAUUAUAUAUAUAUAUAUAAUUUCUGAUUUCAUCAAUGCUAAAAUAAUGGACUUUGGAACUGUCUGUUUGAGAAGAUGGCUGUCUUUGGAAUGUUCCACCAAACGUGUGUGGGG